AACCGGCGCGACAGCCGCAUUCACGAAAGUUAAACAUUUCGCGGCAAACGCGCUCACGAGUGUCACAAUUGUCACAAGAAAUUUUAACAUUUUAUGAAAUUAAAAUUAAUUAAUUGUGAAACUAAUUACUAUAUAAACUUUAAAAAAUAAAAAUAAAUUUAGUGUUUUAUGUGGGACUCGAUUGUUAUGGAUUAAAAUUUGUGUAAAAAUUGAAUAAGGUGAGCGCGCGCACGCGAAUCAUGAAGUACACAUGCGUUCUCAUCAUUGCGCAGCUGAUGGCGUCCAUCCGCACGGAUAAUUUAGUGCUUCUAUCUGGUACGUUGCGGCAAUUCGAGCAGACUGGCUGCGAUGAUGAUCAGAUGACACUUAAAUGUCCGCCGGGGACGAGUAUUUCCGUCGAGUUGGCGCAGUAUGAUAAGAGUGGGGUGAAGAAUAGCCAAUGUCCGUCGAAGUUAUCCACGAGUGAGGUUAAGAAUUCAAGUUGUACUUGGCCAACAGCUAUUCAGAAUAAAUGGGAGGAAAUGACAAAAGGGACAUGGGGACGCUACUCCCUGCUGCAGACCGUUGUCGAGGCGUGCCAGAAAAAGAAGAGCUGCAAAUUUCAGGCGUCGCCGAAAUCCUUCGACGGCGAUCUGUGCCCCGGGGAGCGGAAGUAUGUCGAAGUGGCUUAUAAAUGUCGGCCAUAUGAAUUCCGAAGUCGGGUGGCCUGCGAGAACGAACGCGUCCAAGUGCAAUGCAAUCCUAAUUCUCGAGUGGCCAUUUAUAGCGCCAGCUACGGUCGUACGGAGUACGAGAGUUUCCAGUGUCCGCAGCCGCAGGGUGUUGCUGAAGAAACGUGUUUGGUUAGUUAUGCGACUGAGACUGUCAUGCAGCUGUGUCAUGGGAAGCGGCAGUGUGAAUUUGGGGCUGAUGCUUCGACGUUUGGUAAUCCAUGCAGACCACAGACCAAAAUGUAUCUUAGGAUAGUGUAUACAUGUGUACCACAAAAAGUUUUAAACUCAGAAUACGAAGAACCACUAGGAGAAGAUGAAACCGAACAAGAUUUCACCUACGACCAAGAAGAUUUCGACGGUUUCGACUCAACAAAAGAACGAAUCAGAGAAUUUGCAGCCUCGCCAGGAUCAACCGCACCAAACAUGAAACAAAUUUAUAAACAAAACGAAACAAACAACGAAAACUCUCUUUCAGGGAACACCUCAUCAUCAGCACAUGGACCAUUCAAUAAAAACCCACAACUUCAACCAGGAACAAAUUCCAUUGAAGAAAACACUUACAUCUACCUCUUAUUAACACUAGGAGCAGCCUCACUUCUCUGCGUGAUAAUAAUCACAAGCAGAGCUUUGGUACGAAGACACCACGAGGUACCAGCAUCAAUAGAAGCGAAAUUUCAAGCGACAUCAAACAAUAUGUCUCUAGAUAUGUCCACACCAAGAGAAACCGAAUUAAAUACACCACUUCCAAUGCACCACGCUCAUACUCAUGGUUAUCAUGAUCCAGACACAGAAAGUUUAAAUAAUCAAAUACCGCGUGUGCAUGUACACAAUACGUGUACAAUGACAGACGGUUACUUCUACGGAUGACAGCAGAGUCAAGAUGGCCGUCCACCGACGCCAUCUUGUCCUCGAAGUCAACGUACAUAUUGUUUUUAAUGGUUUUCUAUGGACGUGGAGUAAAAUAUUGUAAAAAUGUAUAUAGUAGAUGAACUUUUGUAAAUAAAAUCUGAAAUAUCUAAAAA